AAAGGAUCUGGAGCGGUUGGGGCUGAGUCGGUAUUUGAGAGUGGGACCCGGCCCGAACAGGACGGUUUCCUCUCCCACCACCUCUGCUCGAUGGUUCUUCGAAAUCUCUAUAUAGUCAAAAUUCCCCUGCUGUAUUUACAGUAAGGCGCUGUCGGCAGUUUGUUUUCUUCAAGCGGCCCCUUGGUGUCGGUGGGCGCGCUGAGGGAAGCCUGUGACCACAUUUAUCACUCGGAUUACGGACCGUUUGCCUUUAUCGAUCUCGGCGAUGGCCUGGGCGCUGAAGAUGCCGAUGCCGGAUGAGGUUAUCGAGUCCGGCCUGGUGCAAGAUUUCGACGCCAGUUUGUCUGGAAUCGGCCAGGAGUUGGGCGCAGGAGCCUACAGUAUGAGUGAUGUCCUUGCAUUGCCAAUCUUCAAACAGGAAGAGUCCAACUUGCCUCCAGAGGAUGAGGAUAAACUACUCCCAUUUCAAUAUGUCCUGUGUGCAGCUACUUCCCCGGCUGUAAAGCUCCAUGAUGAAACACUUACAUACCUUAACCAAGGGCAAUCUUAUGAAAUUCGAAUGCUUGACAAUCGGAAAAUUGGGGAGUUGCCUGAAAUCAAUGGCAAAUAUGUGAAGAGUAUUAUUCGAGUGGUAUUUCACGACCGCCGUCUACAGUAUACUGAACAUCAGCAACUGGAGGGAUGGAGGUGGAACCGACCGGGAGAUAGGAUCCUGGAUUUGGAUAUCCCAUUGUCAGUAGGCAUCGUUGACCCCAGAGCAAAUCCAACACAACUAAAUACAGUGGAGUUCCUUUGGGACCCUCUGAAGAGAACCUCUGUAUUUAUCCAGGUGCAUUGUAUUAGUACUGAAUUCACAACCAGAAAACAUGGAGGAGAAAAAGGAGUGCCUUUUCGAAUUCAAAUAGAUACAUUCAAAGAGAAUGAGAACAGUGAAUAUACAGAGCAUCUUCAUUCAGCUAGCUGUCAAAUCAAAGUGUUCAAGCCAAAAGGUGCUGAUAGAAAACAAAAAACAGACAGGGAAAAGAUGGAGAAGCGAACUCCUCAAGAGAAGGAGAAGUAUCAGCCUUCCUAUGAUACAACUAUUCUCACAGAGUGUUCCCCCUGGCCGGAUAUUUCCUAUGUUAACAACACAGCAUCUCCUGGAUUUACAAGCUCACAUGGCAGUUUUACCAUUGCUGAAGGGAAUGGAUCCCCUCAUCAUCAGCCUGACCCAGUUCCUGCAACCACUGAUACAUUAGGAUCCUUUCGAAAGUGGGUUUGUCGAGAACUGUCAGUGUCUCCCGUCUCCGAAAACCAGAAUCUGUUGGCAACAGCCACACCACAGGAUGCUCAGCAGUGGUUGCACAGAAAUCGAUUUUCUCCAUACUGCAGGCUCUUCGCAAACUUCUCUGGUGGAGAUCUGUUGAAGCUGACCAGGGAUGAUGUUAUCCAGAUCUGUGGCCCUGCAGAUGGAAUCAGACUCUUCAAUGCUCUGAAAGGAAGGAUGGUUAGACCAAGGCUAACCAUUUACGUUUGUCAGGAAUCACAUCAAGUCCGAGAUCAGCAGCACCAGAAGCAUGAAAAUGGUGAUUCUGUGAACAGUUCUUUCUAUGUGUACCAUGCAAUUUAUUUGGAAGAAUUAACAGCGAUUGAAAUGACAGAGAAGAUUGCUCAACUUUUCAAUAUUUCUCCUCGUCAAAUCCACCAGAUCUAUAAACAGGGCCCCACGGGUAUUCAUGUGCUUGUGAGCGAUGAGAUGAUCCAAAACUUCCAGGAUGAGUCAUGUUUUGUUCUUGACACCUUAAAAGCUGAGGGCUGUGACAGUUACCACAUAAUCCUCAAGUGAGCAAUGUCCAAGGAUAGUGUCUUCUGUGAAUGACCUUACCCCUAAGUUGUGGCUCCUACUCCCAGCAACAAAAUAUUUACAACCCUCAAAGACUCAAGGAUGUUGCUGUCUAUCUUGGUGCAGGACAAAUCUUGAUGGGAUUGCGCACACAUUCAGCAGCCUGACACAAGUGACUGACUUCUGUUGAAGCAGGUUCUAAAUUGUGGGCAAGAGGAUAGGUAGGGGAAGAAAGAAAACGUGACAAAUGAAUGUGUGUUGUUCAACUUUGAUACAAAAUUGUUCCUGAUAAGUGUGUUUGCUGCUGUUCUUGACUUCGGGUGGGAUGGUGGGGGUGGGGGUGCAUGCAGAAAGCACAGCUUAAUCAACUGGUUUUUCAUUCUUGAUUUGCACCUUUGUAUAUUUUAUGUGCACCUGGACGAAAUGCAUUUUGUCUGGUUCAGUUUGCUUCAAGGUUGCAUUUGAGCUAAUUUUAGUCAUUUGCUGCACAUCUUGGCUCACCACAGACUGCCAGAUUUUGUAACUCUUAGUCCAUGUUUAGUGCUCCACCUGGUAUGAAUCCUGGUAUGAUUUGAAAUCCACUUACCUCUUGGGGUAUGCUACUGAUUAUCAUCUGCAUUCACUUUGAAAGUAAUGACAGUAAAAUAUUGGAUUAAUUUACUUAUUUCAGUCUUGUCUUAAAAAAUGAAAUCCCAGUUGGUUAUGUGCAAAAUUUAGGAAGGGUUUUUAAGCAAAAUGUUUUUGGACAUCAAUUUGGGGAAAGUUUCCUGUUCAAGCAGUGCAAUAACUCAUCAAAAAAAUCCAUUAGCUGAAAGAUAAAUUUCAGCUGAAAUCUUAAUACAGAUGACCAUUCACAAACAAUGGUUUGUAAGUGGGUGAUUUGAAAAUCAAGGGUACAAGGUGAUCUGACAUCUUUUGAAUUUGCUUUCGUGUGUCUUCCUCUCAUUCACAAACAAUUGUGUGCUUCCACCAAUUCUAGUGAAGGUCUGGUCUGCCUCAUUAUAUAUGUGAUUACUUCUGAUCACUUAAGGAGGAACUAUGUUGGAUACCAAUGAACUGCCUGUGCUCUGCAUAGUCCUAUACAGUCAAGUGAAAGGUGAAACCAGAAGGCAAUAAGCUUGUCAAACAAGUUAAGAUGACUUUUAAUGUGCAUAAAAUCAAAUUGGUUUUCUGUCAGCAGCUGUACUGGAACUUGUCUAUCAGUCUACUCUUCAACUUCAGUUUGGAGAUGGUUUAUAAAAGGCUUUGGGAGACAACAUAAAUGAGGUCCUCCUAUCAUGAUUCAGUGAAUUGCUAUCCUGUUUCCUAUUGCAUAAUGUGGUUGGGACAGUGUAGCAAGACACCCAGUACAAACUUUCCAAUGAAGCAUUUGCUAUAUAAAGCUGCUGACUUCCGUAAGAAUCUUCUGCUUGACGAGGGAAUUUUUUUUUACUUUGCAUUCCCAACCCUGUGAAGGGUUCCAGUCUUGUUCUGAAUGACAACAGUAAAGAAUAUCAUUGAAGAUUGAGUCUGAAUUUUGCUAACGUGCUUAUCAAUGGGUUUGUGAGUUGCUUGCUGGAAUGGUUUCUCUGAAUUAUCAAUGACGCUUCUGGCAGAGGAAGAUAUCUCCAAUGGUAAGACCCCAGCAUAUUAAAAGGAGAGGGGAGAGAAGGGAAGUGCAUUUUUACAAGAAACAUAUCCAACUAAAAAUAACCUUCCUUCAAACCCAGUACUUUAUUAUGGAGAAUAUUUUGCCAUCAAUGGCCUGUGAUACUGUAAUGUUUUCUACUGUUUUGGGUAUAUUUAAAAAGGGGUAUGUCAGAGAUGCUCAUCUUUGCAGACCAUUCCCUCACUUAAAAUUUGUGUAUAAUAGUGAAUUAAGUUGUACUAAAAUGUAGGUCUGUUCCUUUUAUUUUUCAAUGGGAACAUGGCUAAACCAAAGGUGUAGGUGUAUAGUCAUGGGGAAGGCAGGGACAAGACUUGCCUUCCAUUGAAACUCCCUAGGUGGUUUUGGAGUCUCAUCAGUUGAGUUAAAAAAUAAGAUCACUGUCUUUUUGAUUGCACAGCUACCCAACUACAAUAAAACUGACCCUACUUUUAGUUAUGAAGUAGAUAGAUGUUGGUGACUCGGCCACUAGAGGUAGCAUCAGUUUAGAAUUGGAUAACGUUUAGAAACAGAAGUCUGUAUCAAGCAGUUGCACUCCCCUCCGUGGAUUGCCAGUAUCGUUAACACUCCAUUCAGUUUUCUUCAAAGGAAAUGAAGAAAAUGCUUCAGAAAUGGAAAUGGUGAGGGACUGUCAAUGAUUGGGUUGAAGGUCUCAUUAACCUGAUUUGUCUGUGUGGGAUAAAACUAACCUUGAAACUCAUGGUUAUCAUGGAGAUGAGGGUGUGGCUAAUGAGAGAGCCAGUUCAGUUCAAAGGAGUUGGACUGUCCUUUGUUCCAUGCAAAUUCAUAUUUAAAUAUAUUUAAUUAAAUCAAAAUGUUAAAGAAAUUAAAAUUUACCCCUCGUCAUGUGGAAUGAGAGAUGAUCUCAACAUAUCUUUGCUCGUUUUGUGGAUUGGGUUUGAGAGGAUCUUGUAGAUCCAUUGCAAGAAUGUGGAGCUUUUUGAUUUAAAAAUCAGCAUUUUAGUUGUGGCUUUGGUACAGUGGCAUGUUUGCAGACUGAAUGAACCAGUAGAUUUAAUUGGAACUCUUGAAUAUGCAGACUUUGCAGUAGGAUGUUGGGGCAGAAAGCAGUCAGGCUAUAUAAUGGCUAAUGUCCUUUCAUUAUUGUGACAUGUAAUGGUGUCCCAGUACAAUACAUGAUGUACAAUUUUAAUUUUCUUAU